AUGGCCUCGACUGCUAUCCACCCACCUAGCGCUGGACCCAACAUCCAGGAGAUGUUUUCUGAUGUGGUUAUCUCAAAAAUCACUCCAGCGUCGGAACAUCCCUUCUAUAACUAUGACGGCUUUGAGCCUGGGAAUCGAGUCCUCGACGUAGGCCAUGUCCGUUCCCCUGGACGCAGGCCAUUUGGCGUUCGGACUAUUUAUGACCGGGAUCAAGCGAUCACUGUCCGUGAUGGUGCGCGUUUGUAUGGCGACAUCUUUCGCCCAGAAACAUCGGAUAAGCAGCCGGUCCCAUGCAUACUCCCUUGGAGUCCUUACGGCAAGACGGGUACUGGCCCACAGUCAUACGACUCUAUGGCUCCUUACCGCGCCGGCAUUCCACUCGACCGCACAUCAGGCUAUGAAAAGUUUGAAGCCCCAGAUCCGGCUGAGUGGGCGGAACGUGGCUAUGCUGUAAUCAACGUUGAUGCUCGCGGAUCCGGACACAGCGAAGGUGUCAUUGCCCUCUUCGGUAAUCAAGAGGCUAACGACAUUUACGAUGUCAUCGACUGGCUUUCUCGCCAGCCUUGGUGCAACGGUUCGGUCGUCAUGGCUGGCAACUCGUGGUUGGCCAUCGCCCAGAUUAACUUUGCCUCGAGGCUGCACCAUCCGGCGCUCAAGGCAAUUGCCCCUUGGGAGAGUUUCACCGACAUAUACCGUCACUUUGUCGCCCGUGGCGGUCGACCGCACAUUCCCAGUUUUCAUCGAUUGAUUUCAGGAGGCUUUGCUGGCCCUGAAGGGGCAGAGAAUAUUCUUGCAAUGCUUCAGAAACGUCCUUUGUAUGAUGAUUAUUGGGAAGCUAAAAGAAUUCCUGUUGAGAAGAUUGACAACAUCCCAAUGUAUGUUGUUGCUUCCUACUCAAGCAUGCUGCAUACCUAUGGGUCGUUUCAGACGUUUCGACAAGCAAAGACGGAGAACAAGUGGCUCAGGGUUCAUCCAUACCAAGAGUGGUAUGACAUUUAUCGCUCGUCCAUCUCGAAUGAACUUCAGCAGUAUUUCGACUCCUAUUGCAAACCUAACGAUACCACAAACCCUAAAACAUGGGAGUCAUCGACGCCGCGAGUGCGACUUUCUCUUCUCGGUUUUGAAGCAGACGGAAGUUCAGCAAGAACUGUCAUUGAGAGGCCUGAGCAGAGCUAUCCGCUUGAGAGGCAGGAGCUACGGACUCUGUACCUCGAUGCAGAAACAGAGCUCCUUACUCUGGAUAAGCCAAAUCGGAAAGCAACCAAAUCUUACGAAGGGAGAAGUUUGAAUGAUCACCUGACUUUUACAACAACAUUCAAAUCUUAUACCGAGCUAGCUGGUUACCCCAAGGCCAUUUUGUACAUGUCCUGUCCGGAUCACGAUGACUUUGACGUUGUCGUGCAGAUUCGCAAGAUUGACGCCAAAGGCCGGCAGCUAUCUCAUCUCAACUAUCCCUGCCCUGCACCCAUUGACCAGGUCCCCAAUGUAAAUGUCGUCAAGACUCUAGGUCCCCAAGGUUUUCUUCGUGCUUCACACCACGUGUCACUGCAUGGUGAUGGAGGACCGGUGCCCUCCUGUGAUCUUUCUAGCGAGACAGAUCCUUUGUACAGUCACCGUAGCCGGGCACCCAUCGUUCCAGGCACUACCAUCCGCCUUGAGAUACCAAUUUGGCCGAUUGGUAUGGUCUUUGAGGCCGGAGAAGGAAUCGCGUUGAAUAUCUCUGGUCAUGAUAUGUGCCUCCCUGAGACAGAGAUGUGUCGGUUGGCAGAACCAGAGGAUGAGAAUGUUGGACGGCACUAUAUACACACAGGGGGAGAAUUUGACAGUCGCUUGAUAAUUCCUGUCAUUGAAGGUUGA